GUGUCAGAGGUUUUAUGUGUAGUUUGUAACAAUUACCUAUAGCAAAUUGUGCAAAUAAAAUUAUUACCAAUUCUCCUUGUCUCUUGUAUCUAAAUUAUGAGUUUUUGAAACACGUCUCUGCGGAAAAAUGUGAUAAUUAUAAAUACACAAUCAAUCAAUAACAAUCCAGAUGGAGAUGUAAUACAUUAAUGCAGAAUCACUAAAACAUAUUACAAAAACAUUACUCUUAAGAAAUUGGCCAAGGAUGAAGAACGGCAGUAUAGAAGAUGACGAGGUGGAUAUAUUUAGUUUCAUUUUAAGGCUGCGACAAGAAAAAUUAUUCAUUAAAAGUGAGAAAGCUGACAUACAAAAACUGAAUGAAUUAAUCAGAAACAAAAUUCAUACGGUUGUCAAAACAUCAUGGAUUACAAACAAACAAAGAUUUUUACUGGUUGAGAGAAAAGCAUCCUUUCAGAAUUAUGAAGGCUUUGAUUCGUUAACAAGUACCACCUUUGUUGAAGCCAAAAAUGCUCUUGGAUUUCAGAAUUCCAUAAAAAUUUCGAACUUGAUGCAAAUUCUUCGGUCUGAACCGAAGCAGUUUGCGGAAUGGCUUAUAAUGGGCGAAUCUACGAUGCCAAGGAACAUUGACUAUCUACUGAUCUUGCAGAGUAUAAUUACUGGAUUGUAUGGAGGUUGUAUUUACUCAGAAGAUUCAAAAUUGCUGCUUACAUUGUUAUUUGAAGUGGCAAAACAGCAGCUACUGACAAGCGACAAUCCUAGAAGGACUAUAAAACAGAGGACUUGCACUUUUAGGCACCUAUUUUUUUUGUUUCACGAGGUAUAUCAGCCGGCAAAAUUUUUUUUAAGUGCCGCGCUGGAAAUGCCCAUUUUAGAACUUGUUUCAUACAAUCAACAUUAUUUGGAUGUUGAUGCCGACAAAACAGUUUUGAGAUUCCGCCAAGAUGACAAUCUAAAGAACUUUAAAGAUGCCAUAAAAUACAGGAAUGAAGUGGUGUCAAAAUUGACUCAAUUUACUCAUAGUUUUAUACAGUCUAUGUUGGAAAACGUCUACAGUUUUCCAAAACCGAUAGCAUGGAUUGCUUGUCACAUUUAUAAAAUCGUUGAAAAAUCGUUUUGUGCAAAAGAGGCAAAUGCUAUUACCACUGAACUGAUAUUUACCCUUUUUAUAUGCCCCGUAAUUGUUGAUCCGGAACAGUAUGGUAUUUGUAAUUUCCAAGUGACGGAAAUCGCUCGUCACAAUCUCAUGCAAAUAGCCACUAUUUUGCAGAUACUGGCAUUAAAUAAGUUCGAAGGUAUCGAUAAAAAAUACGUGGACAUAUUCCAGUCAGUUGAUAAAAAUAGCAUGUCCAAUUUUAUCGAGCUUCUGUUUUUUGAUAUGGAUUGCGAUGAACCACCUGUUGAAUGCUCACCGGAAAUAUCACGUGAUAUCAUGCUCUUUUCGGAAGAAGAACUAAAUAAUUUGUUAAUUUUGUUGCAAAAAGUGCAUGCAAUGAGAAUUCAAAACGACAGUUUCGAAAAGAAUCCGUCUGUAACUGUAUCAAUAGAAGAACAUUUAUCCUCGCUUGUUCUUUCUUCAACUGAUAAUUCGCCGAAAACAACGCGUUUGAAUGAAGAUUCAUCCGAAGGGGCUCCGAUUAAGAAAGUACCAUUUUCUUUGUUAGGAUCAAUGGGGAUUAAAAAGGGGAACUGCGCAUGUAGGACAGAAGAUUGCAAAACAUAUUCAAAUGUUAUCGUUUUUCCGAUCGAUGGCGUUGGUUUCGAAUAUAUUGGCCUACUUCCCGAAGAUAAGGUAAUCGAUCUGAGUGUACCAUUGAAAAACGAGAAUGAAGUGUACGUACCACCCAAUAAUUUAAAUUGCAAGGACAACUUAAAUCUAUCGGAGAACAGUGUUCAGAGUUGUGAAGUUAAGUCAAAUUAUUCCAACUAUCAGGAUGAAGGGUCCAUAGGAAACACUUCUGAUAACUUGGAAGCUAUUUCGGAAGCGGCUAGUAAUCAUUCAGUUGCUAGUAGUUUAGAAUUGGAGAACGAGGAUCAAAAUGAUAACCUUUCGGAUAUGGUGUCGGCGAAUGUUUCUGGUAGGGGCAGUCCAAAUAUAUCAGGGCGAGAUACGCCGAGCAGUCAAGUGACUGAAAAUGAUAACGCCGAGAAUCGCACGGAAAAUGUUACACAACCUCGGCAGAAUAUCAGCCGUCAGAUUAGAUCUGAAAUAGAGGAUAAAUUUUGCAAAUUUGAGAUAAAAAAAUUGUUAGAGGGCGACGAAACAAUAUCCAUUAUUUCUGAAACAUGGAGUACCGAUGUUCUCGCUUCAGACAACGAAACUGUCGAGCUCAAUGAAUCAAGAACUGAAAGACCGACUUUUCAACUUGUAGAUCAGGCAAUUCAGGAGGUACCUAUUGAAAAUACUCUGGAUGUUUCUGAAACACAAAGCGAAAGCGCUUGGUCUACAGAUGUGAUGACUUCCGAUACUGAACGUCUUACAGAGGUGGAUAACGAUGACGUAGCCAGUGUUGCGCAAUCGGACGAUACUAACAGCGUACCAAGAUCGGAUGACACAAGAUCCGAAACUGACGAAGUCGGUGGGGUCAGGAGAUUGUCGCAAGGAUCAAAUGUUAGUUGCACUAACCAAAGCACUUAUGCCAGUAAUUUUGCGGGUCAAAAUUACACAGCUAGCGUUUCCGUAAACAAUAUCAAUUACGUCAACGUUAACGCCAAUAUUCCGAAUUAUGUGUCCAGCUCUAACUCCGUGACAAAUACGGUGAAUUUUAAAUCAGCAGAAUCGAAUUUGAUAUCGAUAAAUCAUAGUUAUAUGACCGGCAUGAGCUUUCAAGAGACUAAGAAAGUUGAUGACAGAGUCGGCAAAAAAUCAACUCAAGUGGAUAGCAAUUCUAAUAUGAUACUUAAGACGGCGGUGCAGUCUAUUUCCCAGCAGACUCAAACGUCCGUAUCAUUCAGCAGCACUUCUACUAAUGUGACAACGUCGUUUAGCAACAAGGUCCAAGUUGCGCCAAUUACUGACCCAUGUAUGGCAGGCCCGAGCGGACUUAAUGGGAAGUCCAGUUUAAUGGAAUCAGACCAGAUAUUUAUCAAACGGAAUGCAAAAAAAUAUGAGGAUUUGCCCAACGAACUUCUCUUAAGUAAUUGCAGUUUAAAUUCAAGUUCGAGCGGCAGCAGUAGCAACAGUUUCGAAAACAAAAACUCUGCCAAUGAGAAUUCCGAACAAUGGGAACCUAAGCUUUGGUUAAAUAGUUCCGGUAGCAGUCUUAACGUAACUCUAACUCCGUCGGAAAGUACCAGCGAAUUAUCGGUGUUAAGCAUGAAUAAUCUUGUGGUUCCAAUGUCCAACGGAUCGAUCGCUACCACCGGGACGAACAAAAAGGUGCCCGCCGCUAUAAAUCGCAAUGUGAAAUCGUCUUCUACAGGAUCAAUAGCAAAAAGCAUAAGCUUCGAUAUGAGCGUCGAUAAGGGAUUAGAUGGAGAAAGGUCAAAGAGGGGGGGCUUCUUUGGAAAAUUGCGGAACGGGUUUAAAUCUAGAAGAGGAAAGUCAUUCAGGAAUCAGGAUGAUUUCAGGUGUGGAGAUGACUUUUUAUCGAAGAAACAGUUAAAUGAUUCUCCAGUAAAAACUACCAGCUUUGAUUUGCCGGACGAUAUCCUCGCAAAAUAUCGAGUGAAGCCGUUUAUUGAAGACAGUCCCAACAAAACCAACGCCGAAAAGAAGUUUAUGAAGAAUGGCACCGGGGUUCACAUUGAAAGUGAUAUAAAUACUUUUAGCGAUAUUAAGAAAAAGUUGCGAUUAGUAUUAGCCAAUACUUCAGAAAUACCAUUUUACAUCAAGAGGAAUCCUUGUAGCGUCAAGACAAAACUCGAAACGAUUUUAAGGUUGGAAUUAGGAAAAUCACGAAAGUUACGUGAUUGGUGUAUUGUUGCUCGAAUCUCAGAAGCACUAAGAUGUAUCAAUUUAUUGGAUGAGAAAAGGUGCCUCAAAUUGUUCCAUUCUAUGAAAGAUGAUAUUAUUGUCAGAUCUUCGUACAUUCAGUAUUUGAUCACCUCUAAGCAGCAGCUACUGUUUUGCGAAAUGUAUUUGGAUAAUUUGCAGGAACAAAUUAAACACGACGGGUAUCAGUGCGAAAAUUAUUUUGCAACAAUUUGCGUCCGGGAAUUUUUGUUGGAACAAGAAUCUAAUAUAUUGACCUUCUGUGAUGAGUUUAAACAGCUGAACCUUGCCGAUGAGAAGUACGAUGUCUUAAAGAAUUUCUACCAUAAGCUUUACAUUAUUAUGAAUGAAAGUCCAUUUUGGCAUGAUGUGCUUCAUAAGAGAGGCAGACUGAUAAAGCUAAUUUUAGAAAGAUACAUUAUAAGCAGGGUGUACAAUAAUGCGAUUUAUCCCAAUGGUGACGGAGAUCGUGAUAGAGACAGAGUCUUGCGAGAACAUAUCGAACAUCUGUCAAAGUUAGUCACGCCAGAACAUAAAGACUUGAGGAUACCGAAGAUUUAUCUUCGCGAAAGCCCGUGGUUACCCGCACAGGACGCGCUCAGAGCGUUGGAUGUGUGUAGAACACCCAAAGAUAAGUUGAAAUGCAUUUUGCGCUGUGCAAAAGGUAUCAUGGAUCUACUUUCCCUCUCUCAAAAUAGCGGCUCUACUACGGCCGACGAUUUUACUCCUGUGUUGGUUUAUGUGAUAAUUAAGGUUAACCCGGAAGCUUUGCUUUCAACAAUCCAGUUUGUGAAUAGUUUUCAAGGUCAACUGAGUGGUGAAGAACAAUAUUGGUGGACACAAUUUUGCGCCGCUGUUGAGUUUAUUAAAACAAUGGAUUACUCAGAUUAACAAGAAAACAUAUUAUAUAUAUAUAGUGUACGAAUAUUACAGUAAGGUGUAUAAUAUAGUCAUGUAUUUUUAUUAAUUAAUAGCAAAGAUAGGAAACAAUUUAUAUAUUUUAAAUAACGAAUAUAACAUUCAAAAUACAAAAUAUAAUAAAUCUUGUAAAUUGCAUUGAUUUUAAUAAUAAAUCCAGUUCAUUAUUCCCAUUCUAUUAGUUUUAAGUCUACAUAUGGCCGUAAAUUUCUUCUUUAGGUGCCAUGCAGAUAGCUGCUUAGGCGUCCUCCCUUUUUCGUAUCAUAUUUCCAUAUCAUUUACUACUGCUUCCUGGAGCGACUGAAAGUCGCUUAUACCCGUCCACUGGCGAAUAUUUCUGAGUCAAGACGCCCUUUUCCUUCCGAUACUUAGUCUUCCACCUUCAAUCUGUCCCUGAAGUAUUAGACGUUGAAAGUCAUAUCGCUCUCCCCGUAUAAUGCGUCCCAGGUAAGAGAUCUUUCGUUGUUUAAUAUAUUCGAAGAGUUCUCGGUCUUCCAAUCCAGCCGUCCUAAGCAUAACCUCGUUCCUGACCCUUUCCGUCCACGGUAUCUUUAGCAUCCGUCGCAGAGUCCACAUUUCGAACGCUUCAAUGUGGUUGAUAGAAACAGCUUUAAGCAUCCACGCUUCCGCUCGAUAUAGAAGAACUGACCAGACAACACUUAACGAUUCUGUACCUGAGUUUGAAAUUUAGAUUCCGGUUGGUGAGGAUUUUUUUUAGUUUUAGAAAAGUUGUUCUUGCUUGUUCUAUCCUGCAUCUAAUUUCAAUAUUAUCAAUUUUCUCAAAUAUUUAAACUUAUUGACCCGCUCUAUUGAGUUGAAGAUAUAGGUUUGGCACGACAUCUCUAGAUAUAAUCAUAAACAUCGUUUUGUUGGUGUUAAUCUUUAGGCCCCUUUGUUGGCUUGCCUCAUUGAUAGUAUUUAGUAGGGUUUGCAGAUCGUUAGCAUUAUCGGCUAUUAAUGUUGUAUCGUCAGCGUAGCGUAUAUUAUUAAUUGGCAUACCAUUAACUAUAAUACCCAUGGGUCUCUCAGAUAUUAUCUCAGCAAAACCUCUCUCCACAUAGAGAUUGAAAAGCACUGGGGAUAGAAUGCAGCCCUGCUCCCUUCCUUAUUUCAAAUUCCUUUGUUGUUGCUGAAGAUGUAUUUCAGCCGCCUGGUGCCAAUAUAGAUCAGCAAUCAGUCUUACAUCUGUGUCGUCUAAUCCAAGUUCUUGAAGAUAUGUUACCAGGAGUUCAUGUCUACGUUAUUAAAUGCCUUUUCGUAAGCAAUGAAACAUAUGAAUCCUUUCUUUCUUUGGUCUUCCUGCACCAAUGUCUGCAUGCUGAAGGUGGCCUCUUUGGUUCUAAACCCGUGUCUUAAGCCAAACCGCCUGAACCCGCUGACCUCUUCGCAUGUUCUGGAGAGUAUUGUGUGCAUCAUUCGAAGAAGAAAUAUACUCAUUGAGCUAAUAAGGCAAUAGUCUUUACAUCUUUGUGCGUUAUUUGAUUUUGGUAGGGUUAUUAAUUUGGAACAAAGCCAGUCUAUGGGGAUGUUUCCAGUGUCGUAUAUAUUAUUAAAAAAUCUUGUUAUUAUUUUUGUUUUGAUCAAUUAUGAACUGGAAGGUUUCAUUAUUAAAAAAGUUAAUUGCAUAAAUUUUCCACGUUUCUAGCAGAUUUUCGGGCUCUAGUAUUAUUUCAUCUUCUUCAUUUCGGCUGUGGGUUGUUGCUAUUUUCUUGUACAGACCUGCCAUUCUGGUAAGGUGUUCUGCUUCCAUGCAUCCAUGCAUGCAAGCCACUUCUCCUUAGCAAUUUUGAUUUUAUUGCGAGUUCUCCUCUGAUAGUAUCGAUAGCCAGUUGUAUCAUUACGAAUCUUACAUUGUGUGCGUUGUAGUAGAUGCGUGUUAUUGGCGUUUCCAAAUGUAUUUUUGAAGUUAGCCCAGCAUUCCUCGAUGUCGUCUGUCGCAUUGAUGUUUGAUAGCUCUUAAGAUGGUUAUCAUACUUUGACCUAAUGUCGCUGUUCUUAAGUAAUCUGGGGUCGAAUAUCUUGCUGCCUCUUUUCUUUUCUGGCCUGGCUAAUUUCAGUCUGAUAUCAGCAUGAUCGGAUUCAAUUGGGGUGAUUUCCAGGUACAUAAUCUUCUAGGUUCGAGUUUGGACCAAGUAUUUGUAAUGACCAGAUUGUUCGCAUCGCAGAAUUGAAUGAGUCUUCCGCCUCUGUCGUGCCUUUCUCCGAGACCUCAGUGACCUACAAUACCUUCCACUCUACUCUUGCCGACCUUUGUGUUCAAGCCGCCCAAUAGGAUAUUCCUGCUCCAUCUGCCCGUAAAAUUGUUCAACUUUUUCUGAAGUGGGAACAUAUUUCUGAAUUAUGUUAAUGUCUAUCGAUCCUCCGCAAAAGAGCAACCCUCUCAGAAACAGGGACAAAAUUCUUUACCGAUUUUUUUAGGCUCUCUUCUAUUAGGAUGCCCAUUUCAUGACGAUGUUUUCUAUCUAUGUCGUCAGUAACACUAUAAUAAAAUACUUUGUCCGUGGACCGCGUCACUCAGCCUAUCAAGUUGUUGAGUUUCCCAGCUGCAAAUAAUGUUCGCAGAUUCCAGGUUGCCACUUUGAUCUUAUUAUCUAGUCGGAACCGGGAGGUUCUUCGCACCUCCUGACCACUUAAGGUCUGCCCGGGACUGGAGGCCGCUUGUUUCUGUUCUUCCAACAUGAUAAGACUGAAAUCGGAUGGAUAUCCUGGGGAGAGUUAAUGCGGUGGUUUCCCUCUUCUCUUCCGCAUCGCAGUACCAUGGCCGUUGAACUGUAACAGUUUUGCCCAUGGAAGUCCACUUUCCAAUAGGUCCGGAAAACUUUUUUUGCGUUUGAAAGUGGUAAUGAUGAUCGGUGCUGCCCUUCACCAUGCUAG